AUGUCGUCAUUGAGCACUUCUUUGAAUGGACAUCUUCAAACUUCCUUACAGUAUUGCGUUGGAAAACUAAGUGCUGAUCGUAAACCGCAUUUUUCUAACUCAUACAAGAGGAUGGCUCAACGUCGAAAAGUGCCAGAAGGCGAACUUUGUGCCGUAUGCUCAGAUUUAGCGACUGGAUACCAUUAUGGUGUUGCCAGUUGUAAUGGAUGCAAAACAUUUUUUCGCCGAACAAUAGUUAGUGAACAAACUUUCAUUUGCCAAUAUAACGGAAACUGUGAUGUGAACAAGAAUAUUCGUUGUGCUUGUCGUCAUUGCCGAUUUAAUAAAUGUUUACAAGUAGGAAUGGAUGCCAAAGCCAUUCAAAAUGACCGAGAUCGUAUAGGACCUACGAAGAAAGUCAAAGUAGGUAGUGGCUCAGACGAAGACAGAUCAGCCACGCCUCAACGCGUCUUAGACCAAGAAAUCGUUGAAAAUCUCAGUCAUCUAGAAGGCCUGUGCCAAGAACUGAGAAGAUGUGUUAUGCCAGACGUUGCCGGGGUGCAACAUGCUCUGACAUCCCCCUGCCUUUUAUUCGAUACAAUGGAUCUCAAACAAGACCCUUCUACCUUUUUCAAAGAGCUCUACCCCGCCUCAAUGAAUGACAUUAGGAUAUGGAAUAUUCGAGAGAUGCGGAUAUGCAUAGAAUGGGCCAAAACUUUUGAUGCAUACCAAAGAAUUAGUCAUUACGAUCAAUUUGCACUUGUAAGAAAUUUCGCAUUUGCAUUCAAUUUAUUGAAUCGCGUAUUUUAUUCUCCGGAUCACGGACCAGACAAGAUAGUUUUUCAAAAUGGAGCCUUCAUUAUGAGACAACCUCAACAACAAGUGCAAUUAUCGGGUUGUCGGCCAAUAUAUACCCGCCAAAUGGAUGAAAUUAUGCUCCCUUUUCGCAGAUUGCAGCUCAAUGUGGCAGAGUUUGCUACCUUCAAAGCUGCUCUAUUUUUUAAUCCAGACGCAAUUGAUCUUUCUAACCAAGCCAAACCAGAAGUAUACGAGGAGAGAAAUAAAUAUCUCAGUGCUCUAUUUUCCUGCAUUACGACUAAACUCGGCUCAACAGCCGGUGUUCAAAAAUAUGGAAGCCUACUGAUGAUGACAGCAAGUAUCCAGAACAUAUUAGCCCAAAACGAAGAAAACAUGCAAGUAAUGGAAUUAUUCAAAAACUGGGAAGUGGACCCAUUCGUAAAAGAACUUUGCAUGAAAAGAAGCUGA